GCAGCAGCAGCAGCAGCAGCAGCAGCAGCAGACAAAUAUCAUCAACUAGAAGGAGAGAAAGUGGGACAAGUAGAAGAAAGAGAAGGAGAGUUUCGUCCGCCAUGUCGAGAAGACGCUGUUUUUUUAGGUGCGAACGCGGCCACUCUUUGUGUGGACUUCCAAACGACGAAGCCCUAAGGAAGCAGUGGUUAACAUUCAUUUUUACCACUAUUCCUGAGCAGUACAACUCCAAUAUUGUGUUGUGUUCCCGACAUUUUACCCCGGACUCCUUCCGGAACCUGGAAUCAUACAAAUCUGGAUUUUCUACAAGGUUGCUCCUCAAAGAAGGAGCUGUUCCCACUGUGCCUGUGGUCAAAUCUGAAGAUGGAGAACCACAGCCCGAUGUCUUAGCCCAAGACCCCUUUGCCAUAAGAAUCAAUCAUAUUGGAUGCCAAACGAGCCCUCAAAACACCGCCUCAGUGAGCACACAGUUUAUAGCAUCUCAGAAGACGGUUGCCACACAGCUGUCCUGGGGCACACUGAAGGAGCAGCAUGUGAGAAGCAAAGCCACCCAGACAACGGUGUCUUCUCUCAGUGCUGUCAACAAAUCCAUUUCCAGUUUCCCAGAUUUCCUACCGUCUUCAACACCCACAAGGGCUCCAGGCUUCAGACCAAACAAGAGACCUCGUCUGGAGUUGGAGGAGGAGGAGGAGGAGGAGGAGGAAGAGGAAGUGGGAGACACUAAUACAGAGCUCCAAGCUCAGCCUCAUGAAGAGCCUCAUGACUCAACGUUUGAGUCAAGGCCAAGGUACAGUGAUACAAAGUACCUUGUAUUUGAAAGCUGCCUCAGAGAGCUGUUUGACACCUGUCCAAUAUGCAAGACAAAGUGUGAUGUCCAGCGACGACGAAUUGGUACUUAUGUGGCAUUCACUCAGCUCUGCCAAAGCUGUAAUUACUCCAGACAGUGGCAGAGCCAGCCCAUUGUUGGAAGUACGCCUGUUGGCAACCUCCAGUUAUCGGCAGCCACAUAUUUCACUGGUGCAUCUUUCUUCCAACUGGCAAAGAUAUGCAAGGCCAUGCAGCUCCAGAUUUUCCCAUAUGACACCUACAGGAGGCAUGCAAGGAGUUUCCUGGAGCCUGCAAUUGUCCACAAAUGGAAGACGGAUCAGCAGAAUCUUUUUCAGCAGCUACAGCAGAAGGGGAAGGUUGCAGUUGGUGGAGAUUUACAAGCAGACUCGCCAGGACACUCGGCAAAGUACGGCAGCUACACUUUGACGCACCUGGAGAGCAACAUCAUUAUGGAUCUGCAGCUUGUUAUGAGCGAUGAAGUAGGUGGUUGUUACCGGAUAGGGAGGGAGGGACUGAAACGAAGCCUAGAUCUUCUGAAGUCAAACAGUUUGGCGGUGGAAUACGUUGUAACCGACCAACAUCCACAAGUUCAGAAGUUACUGAAGGAGCGCAACAUCAAACAGCUCUACGGCGUGUGGCACAUUGAGAAAAGUUUAUCCACGACACUAGAAAGACUUGCACAAAGCAAGGACUGUGAGGUGUUGAAGAAAUGGCUGAGCAGCAUGAAAAACCACUUCUACUGGAGUGCGACCUCUUCGACAUCAGGGUCUGAGAAGGUAGCUAAGUGGAAGUCACUGGUCAACCACAUUCAAAAUGUACACGUGCAUGAAGACCCCAUCUUCCCCAAAUGUGAACAUCCUGACAGAGUGUCAAAGGAUCCUAAGAAAUGGUUCCAACCAGGGUCAGUGGCACUCCAGAGAGUGGAACAAAUCCUGAACAACAAGAGAGUUCUCAAGGAUGUGAGGAAGCUGAGCCACCAUGACCAGAGUUCAUCGCUGAAGGCCUUCCACAAUUUGAUCCUACGUUUCUUACCUGAGAAUGUGAUCUACUCUUUCAUGGGAUUGCUGUGCAGGUUGUACCUAGCAGUCAUGCACCACAAUGAAAAUGUGGACCAUGAACAAGCACCUGCAGGACAAGCUGUCAGCGAAGCUGUGUCCUUCGAGAUGGGCGAAUGCACUUUAAAGCCUGUAAAAACAGACACUACAUACAAUUACCUGAAUGAAUUGAUGAGGCUCGUCUUCGAGGAGGUAAUUGUGGACCCUGCGCCGUUUGUUGAAGAGUUAAAGAAAAUCCCCCUCCCCAAAGACUUGCCAUACCGGUAUGAGAGAGGCCGGUAAAGCCCUGUAUGGAGAGGAUUGCACACUGGAUCUUUACAAAAGUUUUGUUUUUUGUAUUAUUUCUUUUUUACAUUUGCUAAAAGGAUGUUAUUUUGAGAAAAAUAUUUCAGUCUUAUUUCCUUAGUGGUUCUGCGGUAUAAUAAAAUCUUAGUGUUUUGAUUUUAUUUUACUCAGUUGUAUCUCGUUACAUGUACUAUUCCUCUGUUAUACACCUCAAAGGUCAAAAGUCAGCUCUGUCAAUGUUUGAUGUUCUGCGGGGUGAAGGGCUUCAAAGUGUAGCUCUACGCCUGGAUGGUUGUACCAAGCGUGUAGGAGGGACUAGGACCUGGUUCCUGGACAAAUAUUGGUCCAGGAGGCAACAUGUGUCACUGUCAAACAUAAACAUAUUGAUAAUUGCAGCCAGGAGGUGAUUAUAAAGUGUAGCUGAAAUUUUGCCUACUGGUCACACUAAACAGACGGUGAAAACAUUUUAAAGCACUAGCAAUUUUUAUGACUUUGUACUGUAUACAGCAGAAAUCUGUAAAACCCAAAUCUGAUGUACUGAAACUGCUACAGUCAAGAAUCAAAGUACAUUUGGUUUUAAAUUGCAAAGGUGGUGACAGCUAGAUUUUAAUCAGGAUACUUUUGGUUAUAUUUUCCAACUCAAGCAAUGUUAGGUUUGUGCUGCUGUUUGUCCUUCAAGGUAAGAAGCUCCAUAAUGUUAGCUAACCUUUGUAUUUCUUUGCAUCAGACAUUUUCAACUGUGCUGGGCAUUCUUGCACAGUUUUCACAAGUGCACCUUAACAAGAAGUUAAAAAUAGACACUUUAGUCAGUCAUCUAAUAUACAGUUGUUACAGCUCUGUAGAUAAAUGACACUUAUGAUAAAAUAUAAGUAAGUACAAAAUAAAAACUGACCGUUGUGAAACAUCCUACCUCAGUUUUGAUUGUAAAGGUGGUUCGGAGUUACUGGCUUGCUCUUGACUGUCAGCAAGGACACUAUAUAUAACUUAAAGCAGGGCCUUUAGAGAGAAGGGCCCUCUAGUAACAUGUUGGGCGGAGAAUGGGCCCUUAUGAGAGAGACUGUCACCUUGGAAAUAUGCUUGUGUUAAAAGAUGAUUUCUCAUUAAAUCAAAAAUGGUGCCGUUUGCUGUAUAUGCCUAAGAAAAAGGUUACCCCAUCAUCCCUUGUUUUUUUUGUUACCAAAAAAGUCAUAUGCUUAUUCAACAUUUCUACAACUAGAAAUAAACAAUUGAAAUUAUUAAAUGAA